AUGCAAGUGGAACGAAGACUAAACGUGUUGAGCCAGCUAGAGUAUGAGGACGGCACAAACGGCAAAAUAAAAUUAAUGCCCACUAAAAUGAUGGAAACACGAUAUUACGAGGGUUGUGGCCGAGAAGGACCUAUACGGUGCAUAUUUCUCGGCGAAUUCCACACCGUGGCAGGCCCUAAGAUUUCAUGUCAGUUUCCAGAAGACUACAUCUCCAAAGAAGUGUUUGACUCAAUCAGUGCAUUCAUAAUACCCAAGCCUCAGAUCCAGAGAUGCUCCAUGACUAUAAAUGCCCUUGGGCAUAAGAUUGUGGGGUAUCCCAUACGAAUAGACAAUCCAAGAUAUGAACGUAACAUCUACCUGUUCAAUAUCUGCUUCGUAUGUGAUAGCUGGUCCAAGACUGUCCAGUAUGAACCAGUGGUCAAGAAGCUGGGGGAGCAUCUGACAAUAAUGGAAGAAGAGACUCGGUUCGUAUCCAGCGGAUCGAGUAAGCUGCCGACCCUCCUGGCACACCUUCUGCAUGACCUGAACACUCAUCGCAAAGCCACGCUAGUCGAGGGCGACACUGUCAUGCACUUGAAAGUGCUGGAAGUGCGCAAAGACCCACCACCAGUCUUCGACCACCACGUGCCGGUGCUUGUUGCCUCAGUAGGCCUGCCCAGACCCGGCCGUCCUCGACGCACCACUCCACCUGAGGGUUCAGAACCCAUACAAAGCCAGGAACACCUAGAUGUCGACGAUGAAGAACCGUUUGAGAUCGACCUAGAAGCCGAAUGGGACUUAACAACUAGGCAGCUUUUACCUUAUAUCGACGGCUACAACCACGUUUCCAAAAUAGCUGCGGACACUAACGUAGAGAAGACCCUGGUCAAGUCCUGUAUUCAGAACUUGGUCUACUACGGCGUGGUUACUCUGCUUCCCGUGAUGAAGUUCAGCAACAUGUACCGGGCUACUCCCAACCUCAGCCGACUGUUCAGCGACCCUGAACUGCAGAAAUCUUGCUUAGCCUUCAUCAGUAAAGGGAACGACUCUAAAGAAAAGCCCACAAUAUCGGACGUGUUGGAGAUCCUGUGCGCGCUGCAACAGGGCACCACCUUGCGCACAGUAUGUGAAAGGCUCACCACCUCGCCCGGUCCCACGUUCGAUAUACGACGACUCGUGGUCUAUGCGCAACUCCAUGGCCUCAUCAAAUGCCUUAAAAAGUACCCGGUAUUUCUACGCAAUCCACCGCGCCCAAACGGGUUCAACAACCGCGUGGAUCCUAUCCUCGGCAUCCGACGACUUUUCACCGGCCGUCAUUGUGCUGACGAGAUCUGCUGCAUCGCGCGCAUAGACCUACCUACCCUAGACCAGAUCAUAGAAGACGAUCCUAACGUAACUAUCAUCUGGAGAUAG